UCUCUCUCUCUCUCUCUCUCUCUCUCUCUCUCUCUCUCUCUCUAAAACAUCACAUCACACUGACAAUCAGACCUACAAGCACUACCAUUCACGCAACACCGCCACUAAUCCUGGGACAAAGAACGUAUCAUUCAUCUUCCAAUAGACAAAACAUAGACAGAGCAUUUGAUUUUCAACCCUCAGUCAAUCUGAAGAUUGAUCCCUGCUAUUUGCUCCAGGGUCUGUUUUGGGUUUCUCUUUUUCAUUUAUCUCUGUAGUUGUGGAAUUUCUACCUAGUCAAUUAGAAUUUUUUCAAGAAAGGGUUUUGCGUACAGGUUGGCAUGAAAAGUGAAGGACUACCAAGAGGAAUGAAGUCCACAUGUUGGUGCGUCGUUGUUCUCCUGUCACUCAUUUCUAUGGUUACAAGUGCCCAUUCAUCUGCUUCUGGAAGCUCAGACGUUCUGAAGUCAGAGAGCCCAAAGUCAAGAGCUAAGGACCUCUGGACAACAGACUCCAGCAAGGACUUAUCCAUCAGUCACCUGCUCUCCCAGACCUUUUAUGACAAGAACCUGUCUGGCCUGGAUCUGAACUAUGACAAGUUAGAACCGUACUCUAAACAGGAGCUAUGGGACUGGCUCCACAACACCUCUAGCCUCCAUGACCCUCGCUCCCGAUCCAAGAGGAGACCCAUCGUCAAGACGGGCAAGUUCAAGAAGAUGUUCGGCUGGGGCGACUUCCACUCCAACAUCAAGACAGUCAAGCUCAACCUGCUGAUCACCGGGAAGAUCGUAGACCACGGCAAUGGCACGUUCAGCGUCUACUUCCGCCAUAACGCCACGGGCCAGGGCAACGUGUCGGUGGGACUGGUGCCGCCCACCAAGGCCGUGGAGUUCCAGCUGCAGCAGUCGACGGUCCUCGAGCCCAAAGACACCAAGCUGUUCAACUGCAGGGUGGAGUAUGAGAAGGUGGAGAAGGGCACCAGGAAGUCGCUGUGUUCCCACGACCCCUCACAGAGCUGCCCUCAGGAGCAGACCCAGAGCCAUGUGUCCUGGCUGUGCUCCAAGCCCUUCAAAGUCAUCUGUAUCUACAUCUCCUUCUACAGCACCGACUACAAGCUGGUGCAGAAAGUGUGUCCGGAUUACAACUACCACAGCGAUACUCCCUACCUCCCCACCGGGUGAUUGGCUGAGCGGCUAUGGGAAAGGAACAGAGACAGACAGGGCAUUCGCUCCUGAGAGGUGUCAGUUGAUUUGAGCUAGGCUGGCACGGCCCUCAAAAGAACAGGGGGGAAUGCUGUACUGUCGAAACAGAACUGUUAAAAGGUAUUAUUAAAGCUAAUGUAUCUCUGCUGCUUGUGAGAUCGCUACACUGAGCAGACCUUCCCUAUGGCCAUUAUACAAGCAUUUAGGACGCAACAUUUCCUGGCUUGGCAUACUUUUUACUAAUGUAUUUUGACCCUCUAUAGUAGUUAUAACAAAGUACUCAGACGGAGCCCUCCCUGAAGAUUUGUCAUUAUGUACAUAAUAACAGAAAGCCCACUUGAUUCUAUUAGAAACUGUUUUCUUCUUCUAAUUGAACUCUGUGUGUUGAUGGAAUAUAAUUUUUCAUUUUCCAUCUCUCUCAUUGUCCAUUUCUGUUUGUCACUGGUGAUCACAAAACGGAAAUUAAAUAAGUAGAUGUCGACUUACUGUGAAGGAAAGUGUCAGAAUGCAUUAAGACUUGCCAUCUAUUUCAUUACAUGUUUGUAUCUGUAUGACAGCCAGAAAUACAGAUCCUUUCAAAAUGGUUUCUUUUUCAGUCUCAGUGAAUUAUUGAAACAUCAACAUGGGGAAAAUACACACUAAAUUGGAGGCAUCUAGGAUCUAGGCUACAUUUAAUAAGAGCAACUCAAAAAAAUAAAAAAUAUUCCUACAGAUAUACACUGAGUAUACCAAACAUUAGGAACACCUUCCUAACAUUGAGUUGCACACCCUUUUGUCCUCAGAACAGCCUCAAUUCAUCAAGGCAUGGAGUCUACAACGUGUCAACGCAUUCCAAAGGUAUGCUGGCCCAUGUUGACUCCAGUGCUUCCCACAGUUGUGUCAAGUUGGCUGGAUGUCCUUUGGGGGGUGGACC